GAAGGGCUCAGAUCUGCUCUACCUGUGCCGCUAUGCGCGCUCAGCACGAGCUGCAUACACCUUGACGGUGGCCAAAAGUGUCCUUGUUGGAAAACCAGGCUACUUCAAACGGACUUUAUUUGCUGAUAGACUGAUUAUUCCAACUGAAAGCUCCGUGUCUCGUUACUUUUGAGCGAAACGAAACAGGACCAUCAUGAGCAGAAGAACACGACGCUGGAUAUUUCACAUUUUCCUUUGUAUCGGAUUAAUCUACUUGAAAAUGGGGGGAUUCUCCACCGUGCUGGCGCUGGGAGCGAGCAUCAUAUGUAACAAGAUCCCGGGCGCCGACUUGGCGCCCCAGGCAGCGCACCCCAUCUGUCAGAGCCGGCCGGACGCGCUCAUCGUGAUCGGACAGGGCGCGCAGAUGGGCAUCAACGAGUGCCAGUUCCAGUUCAAACACGGCCGCUGGAACUGCUCCGCGCUCGGAGAGAGGACCGUCUUCGGAAAAGAGCUGACAAGGGGCAGUAAAGAGGCUGCGUUCAUGUACGCCAUCAUGGCAGCCGGAGUGGCUCAUGCCAUCACAGCCGCCUGUACGCAGGGAAACCUCAGUGACUGCAGCUGUGACAAAGACAAGCAGGGCUUCCACGGUCACGCCGACGGCUGGAAAUGGGGCGGCUGCUCGGCAGACAUCCACUACGGCCUGGGCUUCUCCAAAGUCUUUAUGGACGCUAGAGAGAUCAAACACAGCGCCAGGACGCUUAUGAAUCUGCAUAACAACGAAGUAGGACGAAAGGUCCUGGAGAGGAACAUGCGGCUGGAGUGUAAGUGUCACGGUGUGUCUGGAUCCUGCACCACCAGAACCUGCUGGAUGACCCUCCCCAAGUUUCGCGAGCUCGGCUACAUCCUCAAAGACAAAUACAGCCAUGCUGUCCACGUGGAGCCGGUCAAAGCCACGCGCCACAAGCGGCCCACUUUCCUCAAGAUCAAAAAGCCCUACUCGUACCGCAAGCCCAUGGACACGGAUCUGGUGUACAUUGAGAAAUCGCCCAACUACUGCGAGGAAGACCCCAUGACGGGCAGCGUGGGCACUCAGGGCCGGGUGUGCAAUAAGACGCUGGUGCACCAUCCCAACGGCUGCAACCUGAUGUGCUGCGGCCGCGGAUACAACACACACCAGUAUUCACGCGUCUGGCAGUGCAACUGCAAGUUCUUCUGGUGCUGCUACGUCAAAUGCAACACUUGCAGCGAGAGGACAGAGGUGCACACAUGCAAAUGAGUGAUGCUUAUGGAUCCUUUGACCUAGUUUUUGAGAGGGUCUUUCAUCCUGACAUUAAAAGAUGACUUAAUCAUGUGGUGUUUGUUCUUUUGCACAAGACCUUACAUCAGACAUGCUUCCUUCACGUUAAUGGAAGAACAUAAAGAUUCGUCUGGAGAAAGAAUUGCGUGAGAAGGAACGUGGAACUAAAAAGUGUAAAUUACUCUACUUUGAUGCCACAGAGUUUUCUCUGUGAGCGUUACUCCAGUCUGCAGGAAGCUGUCUGGAUUAAAAUAAGGCUCUCUUGUCUUCUACCUGCUGUAAAACCCCUUACAACUACCUGCACCUUGAUUUUACCAACGGAGCUACUGGGUCAUGGACGUCUUGCGGGCAUGCUAGUGAAACUUACAGAGAUAUUAACAAAUAGAGCAAAACAGCAUGGUUCCAGAAGUAAGUUGAGAUUUUAAUUAUAUUUUUAAAGAAAAUUUUUAAAGAGAAAAUGAAUGGGGAAAGUAUUUCUGGAACCAAGGCUGCUGAAAAUAUGCACGAUCGCUGUUGUGCUCUCUUGUUAAAUUCUUCCAAACUGAUUUUAUUUAUUUAUUAAAAACAGUGUUGUUAACUGUAAUUAAUGAGACUCUGGAAAGAAAUAGUGGAUCUGCAUCUCUUUAUGAAUACACUGAGAUUUGUAUCUUCUGAAAGUAUAGCUUUUUUAGUUUACAUAAUGCAUUGUUAAAAAAAACAACAAGCAAUAUAUAUAUAUAU